AUGAGUUCAUAUAUUAUAGCAGGCAGUUCUGAUAAAGUAGAUACAGCUGAAGUAUUCUCUAUUCUUUUAAACAUAAUAGUGUGAGAACAUGGCCAAUCUAAUUAGAUAAUAUUAUCCAGAAAUCUCAUUCAAAAUUGUAUUGAAAGAUCUAACUUAAUGGGAAUAAUAUGCUGAUGAGAUAUGUAGAAUAUAUGGAUUUAAAUAAAAAAGUAAUCCAAUUAUAUAUACAAUGGAUGGAUGUCUAAUUGGAGACAGAAAUGUAUUAUAAUGCAAAUAAUUUAGGCAUUUAUUUCAUUAGCAGAGAGUAGAUUUGGUUUCUCUGAUCCAAAAUUAAGAUAAGGACCUAUUACUCCUGAUGUCAAUAAGAAAAUAGCCAAAUAAGAAUUGGAUCUAAAAUUAAAAUUAUAGAGAAACAAGAAAACAUUAAUAGAGAAAAUAGAAUAACAGAUGCUUAUCAUUUAUUCUAAUAAUAUUGUAUAACCAACAGAUGGUGUAUUCAAAUAGUCAUUUAAAAGUGGUGUCAAAGAAAAAUUGAAGACUUGGUAUGAUUCACUAAAUAAUUUAAUACGAACAGAUGUCAAACGUAACUUAUCAACUGAUAGUAUUUACUCAUCUAGUUUUAGAAAUGGAAUGAAGGUGAAUUCUCUAUUUUAUUUUAGUUCCUAUAUAAAUUUGAUGAUAGAUUGAGACCAAUCAAAAAAUUAUAAGAAUCUCAUUAUUUUGAAGAAAAUAAAGAAACCAUAUAAGAAUCNAAAUGGGAUUAUGAUGAGGUUUAAGUAACAGAUUAAUGCUUCAAAGAUUAUAUUGCAGUUCAAACAUCAAAAUCACGUGUGUUUGUACCUCAUACUGCUGGAAGGUAAAGAGAUUCAAUUAUAAUGUUUAUAGAUAUCAAAGAAAGAAGUUUAGAAAGGCUUAAUGUCCAAUUGUUGAGAGAUUGGCUGGAGCACUUAUGUUUCAUGGCAGAAAUACAGGUAAGAAAGUAAAGGCUGUGGCAAUAAUCAGACAUGCAUUUGAAAUUGUUCAUUUGUUGACUGGAAAAAAUCCACUUGCAGUAUUAUCACUUGCUGUCUAAAGAGGUGGAGCAAGAGAAGAUUUUACUAAAGUAGGAACUGGUGGUGUUGCCAAAUAAUAAGCUGUUGAUGUUGCUCCAAUUAGAAGAGUUAAUGAAGUAUAGAAUUGAAUUAUAAUGAAAGGCUGUUCAUAAUUUAGCCAAAGGUGUUAGAGAAUCAGUAUUUAAGAAGAUGAAAACAAUAGCUGAAGCCUUAGCUGAUGAAUUGAUUGCAGCAUCCAAUGAAGAUGGAUAAAAGUCAUAUACAAUUAAAAAGAGAGACGAAUUAGAGAAAGUUGCCAAAACCAAUCGUUGAUUUAGAUUCAUUAAUUAUAGUACAAUACAAAUAAACAUUAAUUAAUA